CUCUCUCGGUAUCAAAAAUAUAACAAAAAUCUUGAAAAUAUUAAAAUGUAACUCAAUUAUUAAUUUACAUCUAUCGAUUUAAGCAGACAAAAACCGCACUGCGAAAAUUCCCCAGCCAUUUCCUGCAACACUCGAAUAUUUCAACAGCUCCAUAUUGUAUACUCUGUUUUAUUUUUAGUUUUGUCAUACAAAAUUGUUUAUGCUGGCAUGUGGCGACGCUUAAUUUGACGGCUACAGCAAAUAAUUGCGCCAUAGUUUCAUUUUCUUAUUCAUAUUGUCAAUAAAUUUACAGUUUUCGGUGGAGAUUUAAAAACAGUUUUUCAUUGUUCCUUUCUGUAGCUUUAGCUAAUGGUUGUUAGUACUAUGUGAAUCGAAAAAAUCGGUGAAGCCGCAAUGAGAAGUUCACGUAAUUGAGAGCAAGGUCAAAAAGAAACCAGACACAUAAAUAGAGCCAAAAUGAAUUCUGUGUACAAUUUUAUCAAGGAAAAUCAUAUGCUAGCGGUAAUUGAGUCGGCAAUAAUACGUAAAUCAUUCACGUUAAAUUUAUCAAAGUUUGAAAUUGAGGAGGUACCAGAAUUGUUAACAACUUGCCGAACACUAUUGAAGCUCUAUUUAAGUAAAAAUGAAAUCAGAGAAAUUCCAGAUUGUUUUAUCUCCUUGAACCGACUACGAACAUUAACGUUAGAUUACAAUUGUUUGACUGAAUUUCCGAGAAUUGUUUGUGAUCUUUUAGAAUUGCGGUCUUUGAACCUCAGCUGCAACAAAAUUCGUAAAAUUCCACCAGAGAUCGGUCAAUUAUUAUUACUUGAAGUAUUCUGGUGUAACAAUACGGGAUUAGAGCUAUUACCGGAAGAAAUUGGCAAUUGUGAAUCUUUGGAAACAUUUGGGGCUCGAGGUAACAAAUUAUAUCGAUUACCCGAAAGUUUUGGUCUAUUGACAAGAUUAAAGUGGUUGACUUUGGAAAACAAUCGAAUUGCGGAAUUGCCUGAGGCUUUUGUGGCUCUCACAAACUUAGUACAUCUCAAUUUGAAAGAUAAUCGUUUAACCACAUUUCCAAAAGCUAUAAUUGAGCAUAAACGUCUUCAGUUCUGUUUUCUGAACAACAAUCAUAUUUACAAUAUACAAAACAACGAUCUGGAAGCGACGUCAUUCAUGAAAAUGCUCAAAAUCACAAAUAAUCCAUUGGCUGGUACGACGGAGAUGUUAACUGAACGUUUCACUAAUUUCAAGCAUGUGAUCUAUGCUGAUGAAACCAGUCCAGCAGAAAGUGAUAUUGAUGAAGAUUCGGAAUCGGAUUGGGAAAAUAGCGUAGCAACGAGCGACCUAAAUACGACCGAUGAAAGCGAUGAUGAACGAGAAAUUCAAGAUAUAUCAGUCAUGAUACCUGAUUUGUCCAAGUAUAUUUCAGCAUUUUGCUAACAACUGGUUUUAAAAGGCAAAUAAAACGGAAAAUAUUGUUUACAGCUAUACUAUAUUGUAUAAAAACAAAACUAAUUUAAACACUAAUAUUCAUCUUCACAACAUACUAGACGAAAAUUCAAAUCAUUUCUGUUCUCCGGCCAUCUUUUUCAUCAGGUCCUCGUCUUGCAUUGACAUAGCUGUUAAUUUCUUGCCUAUUCGUUCAUGAAUGUCCAAGUACUUUGCAACGCAACGAUCUAUACAGACCGAUUCCCCUUUCCCUGUAAAAAAUUAUAAAUAUUUGAAUUUUCCAUGGCUCUUAGCUUCCCAUUUGCAUAUAUUGAAUAGAAUAGAACAAUGGCUUGAAUCUAAUAGUUUCGUUUACUCGGAAAUGCUUGCAGAAUAAUUAGAUUCAAUCAGACCUUUGAAUACUUCGCGUAAGGGGAAAUAUCUGUAAUAAUUAUUACAUUAAAUAGUUGUAUAAUUUUAGUGGAUUCAUCAUUAUUUUAAUAUUUCACUUUAAAGUUUAUGAUGCGCUUUGGGUUUUGCGCCGAUUUUCGCACAAAAAGACAAAGUAGUCGUUAAAGACAUUCACAAUUGUAAAGAGACUUGUUUCGAUUUUUCCUAGUAAUUUACUUUUCAAAUCUCUAUGAAAACUAGAUUAUACUGUGAACGUUUAAUAACAAAAUAAACCCUGCAAAAUGUU